AUGGUCGAAAACGCGCUGAGGUUCCUCUCGCAGCAGUACAGCAUAGAUAUUUCCUUCUUCAUUGAGCUCUACCAGCUGAAGCUGCGCCGGUUCAAGCACGGCGCGGCGAAGGUCGACGUUUAUUCGCUCCUGCUGACCGACGGAACCUUUUUGCUGGACAAAUUCUCGUUUGAGGAGAAUAGGUGUAGGUUCGGCGGGUGCAGGGGCAGGGCGAGCGACGCGAAGGCGCGGUACGCGCUGGAGCGGGAGAUCACCUACGAAAAGGAGCCUGUUCGGGACCCGGGCGAGGAGUGCUGCUGUAAAACAGCCCGGGGCACUCUCGUGGUGGUGGAUUCCUUAUCGGAUCUGCGGAAGUUCGACAAGGCGGCCCUGAUUUCGGAGCACAUUGACGUGGAGUCGAUCCGCCGGAAUUCGGGCCUGUUUCCCGUACACAUUUUGGACAACCCGGACGCGAUAGACUCGGACUGCUACUAUAAAAUUAACCAGUUUUUUAUUUUUUGUUUUUUGGACCUGAAAAGCUGCACCUGCCACUACUAUAUCGCAAACCCAGUCGUGAGUCCGGGGAGCCCCUUCUGCUACUCGUAUUUCGGGCUCGUCGAGAGCCUAUCGUACACGCAGGACUACAAUAACUUUAAGCUUUCGGAUUUAAACGGCAUUUUACUGCAUUUUGAGAAGCACACUCUCGACGAUUUGUUCUUUCUGUACAGCAGGAGGCACAGCAGAGUCUUCAAGCUAACCGAUUUGGUAUUUUACGACGGCGAGCCCUUCGUGAACGACGAUCCGACGCCCCUUGACUACAUAUUCGUGUGCUCGUUCUCCUCCUUUUCGCACGGCAAGGAGCCUCCUAGGUUCUGGCGGAACUUCCUGCUCUCCUUUUGCAAGUCGAACCGGCUGUUCUCAAAGAACCUGAACUUGGUGGUUCUGAACGUGCGUCUGCUUGAGGGCCAGAGCACACACGCCCAGGCGGCCGUAUACACCAUUCAGACGCCCUCGGAGGAGGACUUCGAGUCCCUGUCUCUGCUUCAGGGGUUCCGGUACAUGAUAUCAAAGGGCGUCAACGUUUACGAACACCAGUACUCGUUCCUCGAUGCCGUAGACUCUAGUGCAAUUGCCAAGGUGGUCGAGGAGCUGAACUUGGAGUUGAUCACAUGGCGGAUUCUGCCGGACUUGAAGAUUAAGAACGUAACAGGGCUGAAGGUCUGCAUAGUAGGUCUCGGAACUCUGGGCUGCAGCGUCAUUAGGCAGCUGCUAUCUUGGGGAGUGGAGAGGUUCGUUCUCGUCGACAUGGGCUACGUCAACAACUCAACCAGGCAGUCGCUCUACGUUCACAAGGAUUGUCACAAAAACAUUUCGAAAGUCGAGGCUGCUAAGAAAAUGAUCAUUAAGAUACGGCCUGACGUGAAGUUGACGAUGAUCAACAUGGAGAUUCCGAUGCCUGGACACCAGUAUGAUGAGACGCACCUGUUUGAGCUGAUCGAGAACACGAGGUCGAUUGUUGACUCAUCGGACGUCAUGAUCCUGACCACUGACACCAAGGAGUCCAGGUGGCUCCCGUCGCUUUUGGCCUCCCAGAGAAACUUCAAUAAUGAGCCGUGCCCCCUGGUGGUUUCAGCUGGACUGGGAUUCGACUCCUUCAUGGUGAUUAGGCACAGCUAUAGGCAGUUCAAGGGAGCGUGCUACUUCUGCAGCGACUCGGGGCCUCUGAGGGAUACCAUAACGGGCAGGUACGCUGACUUGGAGCUUAUAACUUGCAGGCCCUUCGACGAAGUCUGUACCGUGGUUAAGCCGGGAGUCACUGACAUCUGCGGGUCUGUGGUCGUGGAGCUCAUCGUUUCGCUCACGCAGCACCCGCUCCACUUCGCGGCUGAGCACGGCGGGAAGAGCUGCCUCGGAAACACGCCUCACUCGAUUCGGUUCUCUCUAUCAGACUAUAAAUUCUCGGAGUUGUACGCGGAGCCCUCGGAAUUCUGCAUCUGCUGCUCAGAAAACGUCAUGUUCGGUUUGAACUCGGAUCAGGAGAUAGCUAAGGUGAGGUGCAAGUGUUUAAUGGCGGUACAGGUGUAUAGCGAUCCCAGCGUUCUUUUGAAACACUCGAACAUGGAUUCCUUAAUAGAGGCCGCCGAAAAAUAUAAAACUGAAGGCGCCGAUGAAGAAGAGUUCGUGGUUUUGUAA